AUGAUAAUAUUUAAUGGGAACAAAUAUGCGUGUGCAUCGUGCAUCAGAGGACAUCGCUCUUCAACAUGUAGGCAUUCCCACCGUAUGUUAAUCAAGGUGAGAACUAGAGGAAGACCCUCUCCCAUGGCUAUCAGGGACGCUAUUCUAGUAGACUCUACUUCUCAAAGUACGGAGUAUGAAAACGGUGCACAGAUUGAAGGAAACUGCUGCAGCGCAAUGAAUCAACAGCCAAUACUAUUUGUGCGUGCCUCUGCUAUUAGAAAGGCAAGAAUGAUAAACGGUAAACUGCAUAUAUUGAUGGAGGAAGGUUGCACUGCUCAUGAACCUAAAGAUAUUAGCACCUUUACCGACGAUGGUAACAAAUAUAUCACCGAAAUGGAGUUUCUUAGGAAACACUCUCCCAAAGCUCCAGCAACAGGAACAAUAUCUCCAGACUCUACUAGGUCAUCCUCUUCGAAUGAGAAAAAAGAGAGUAGCCAGAUGCAGCAGGAGCCUAUACGACAUUUGUCGAACUGCUGUAAGAAAGAUAAAGCACGUAAUCCAGUUUCCGACGACAAGAUGAGCAAGGCACCGUCUGAUGAUAUGUUUACGCCAUACAGCUCCCUGGAAUCAACCUCCACUUUUAAUGAUAUUUUACAAGAAAACUAUAAUAGUUCUGUUCCUGGGGCGCAUGAUAGUUCGGAAACACUCACCCCACAAAGUACAACAACGGUAGCUGCACAUCACUCCAGUGACAUUGCUUCGAAAGUUGAAGUUCUGACUCAUAAGGGUAUUUUCUUAAGCACGCAAUGCUCUUGUGAAGAUGAAAGCUGUCCAUGUGUCAAUUGUUUAAUCCAUAGGAGUGAAGAGGAAUUGAAUUCUUAUAUCCAACAAAGUGGUGUUCCUUUAACCAAUAUGGGUGAAGCUCAAAUUACCGAUAAGAUGAUGGACUAUUUGGAUGAUUGUAAAUGCUCUAACAAGGAAUGCCUAUGUCCUCCAGAUAACUGCACUUGUGAUGGUUGUUUUUCUCACUCUACAAAUAUAAUUCCAUUUGAGAAGUUCUUUUUCUAUGGAAUUCUGAAUGUAAGACUAACAAGGAAAACUCAAAUAAAAUUUAAAGGUAAACUAGUGCCGUCAAAAUAUUGGUGGGAUUUUUUGAAGUUGCAAGUGCCAUUAAUGACAGAUGCCCAGUUGGAAUUACUUGAUAUUCAGGCGUGGUUUCAAAAGUUAGUCUCUAAUUAUGCACCACAUCUAAGUGAUGCUAACACUUCAUAA